UUGCCGUCGCCUAGUGACAUCAGAGUCACAUGACCUGGCUAAAGAAAAAAAAUAUCAGUGGGAGCUUAGGAAGCUGACAGCUCCAGAGUGUGGAGGGUGAGGAUCGGGUGCGGGGCGUCUGAUGGGAUCGCGCGUAGCAUGACAGUGCCAUUGUUUGGUCGGUGCCGGCAGAAGAGCAUGAACUGAGGAGCUGUGGGGCUGCGCUGUACCUUCCCGACUGACGGAUCACAGAUGGGUCAAGGGCUCUGGAGAGUUGCAAGAAACCAGCAAUACAUAGAUCAGAGCUUCUUAUCUGCAGAACAUGACAGCAAUAUGAACCAUGGGAGACACACCCAGGGAGGCAUCGAUCUCUACCAUCUACUAAAAGCCAGGAAAGCAAAAGAUGAACAAGGGUUUAUUAACCUUGAAAUGCUGCCACCCGAGUUAAGCCUUACUAUAUUGUCCUAUCUCAAUGCAACUGACCUGUGCCUGGCAUCCUGCGUAUGGCAAGACCUGGCUAAUGAUGAACUGCUUUGGCAUGGGUUAUGUAAAUCAACCUGGGGACACUGUUCCAUAUACAGUAAAAGACACCCGCCAGGAUUUUCGUAUCGAAAUCUCUACAUGCGCCUGGAUGAAGGAAGUUUAACCUUUAACGCUAACCCAGUUGAGGGAGUUGAAUAUUUUUUAUCCCGGGGUAUACUUGACGACUCACCAAAGGAAAUAGCAAAGUUUAUCUUUUAUACUAGAACUCUCAACUGGAAGAAGCUAAGGAUAUACCUUGAUGAAAGGAGAGAUGUAUUGGACGAUCUCGUGACUUUGCACAACUUCAGCAAUCAAUUUCUACCAAAUGCACUGAGAGAGUUUUUCCGGCACAUACAUGCACCAGAGGAACGGGGGGAAUACCUGGAAACACUCAUUACAAAAUUUUCACACCGAUUUUGUGCUUGCAACCCUACACUAGCACGAGACCUUGGUCUUAGCCCUGAUGCGGUAUAUGUACUGUGCUAUUCUUUGAUUCUGCUUUCCAUUGAUCUCGCCAGUCCCCAUGUGAAGAACAAAAUGUCGAAGAGAGAGUUUAUCAGAAAUACACGUCGUGCUGCUCAGAAUAUUAGCGAAGAAUUUGUAGGGCACCUUUAUGACAACAUUUACCUUGUUGGCCAUGUAGCUGUGUAGAAGAUUAAAGGGGUUGUCUCAUCUCAGACACUGGUGGCAUCUCGCUAGGAUAUGCCACAAAUGACUGAUAUGUGCUGGGUCCACCUUUGGGAACUAUCUCCAGAACAGGCUCCACAAAGUUAAGGUGAGCACAGUGAGCAAGCACGGCCACCCUCCAUUCACUUCUAUGAGAGUUCUGAUAAUAGCUGAGCACUGGCUCUUCUAUUUCUGGCACUCCCAUGAAAGUGAAUGCAGAGGUGGCCAUGCAUGCACCGUGCCCUCUCCAUUCACUUCUGUGGGAGUUCUGAUAAUAGCUGAGCACUGGCUCUUCUAUUUCUGGCACUCCGAUGGAAGUGAAUGCAGAGGUGGCCAUGCAUGCACCGUGCCCUCUCCAUUCACUUCUAUGGGAGUUC